UGAAGCAUUUCUCACACCAAAAUUAAAGCUAUAGCAAGCUAGAGACAGCCUGAUCAAAUGCAGAGCGUUCAUAUCUUUUUAGCCUUGGCGCUUUUGGCUUUCAUUUUCUCAUAUGCCUCUGCCUAUGACCCAAGCCCUCUCCAGGACUUCUGUGUGGCAAUAAAUAACCCCUUCAAUGCUGUGUUUGUGAAUGGAAAAUUUUGCAAGAAUCCAAACCUUACUGUAGCCAAUGAUUUCUCUUUUUCGGGACUCAACAUUCCUAGAAACACAGGGAAUCAAGUUGGAUCAAAUGUAACCCUCUUAAACGUUGACCAAAUACCAGGGGUUAACACUCUUGCUAUCUCACUUGCUCGUAUAGACUAUGCAGCAAAUGGUGGUUUAAAUCCUCCCCACAUUCAUCCUCGUGCCUCAGAAAUCCUUCUGGUCCUUGAGGGCAACCUUUACGUUGGUUUUGUCACAUCCAACCCCAACCGCCUUAUCAGCAAAGUAUUAAACCCAGGAGACGUUUUCGUGUUUCCAAUUGGCCUCAUUCACUUUCAGUUCAAUAUUGCAAAGACCAAUGGAGUUGCUAUUGCUAGUUUAAACAGCCAAAAUCCUGGAGUUAUCACUGUAGCAAAUGCAACAUUCGGAACUAAUCCACCUAUUAAUCCUGAUGUCCUCGCUAAGGCCUUCCAGCUAGACGAGAAAGUAGUGGAAAAUCUUCAGAAAAAGUUUGGUGGGAGCAACAACUAGGCAGACAUGCAUAAAACCACCAGUGAACCAGUAACCUUCUAUGGUAAUCAAUGUCGUCCAAUAUUCCUUGUAGUAGAAUAAAACAAAGAGUGAUUUCCUAUUA